AAACGCAAAUUAUUUACUUAUUAAAGUCCAGUUUCGAGGUUUUCUUAAACGUAACCGCGUAAACGAUGUUUUUCUCAGCUGGUGCGUUUAGGGAACCCAGCGGCGUCCGUUAAAUAGAACGCGGCGUCAUGUUGUGGACUUGUUUUCGUUUAUUACAUCGUUUCGCUAUGAAAUUAGUGUUAGCUCGCUGAUAUUUUGAAGACUUUUUCUCGUUUUGUUUGUCUUUUGUGCUGAAGAGAUGUUGCUCCUCCGGGUGCUGCUGCUGUGGCUGCUGGCCAACAUCUCAGAGUCGCAGGUGUCCCUGUCUGGCCCGGAAGAGGUGACGCUCCAAGAAAAGUCAAGUGCCAAUGUUGUCAUCGCCUCCAGCGGGGCGCUAGAGCAGCCGCUGGUGAUCCGCCUGAACGUCACCUACAGCUCCAAAGCCAACUUCUCGGAGAUUAUCAUCUUGCCGGAGCAGUUGACGCUGCCCGCCCGGAACACUUCGCUUGCGUUCUCGGUGACUGGCCGUGGUGCCGGACAGGUGACGACAUACCUGCUGAGCAAUGGCACGGAAGCCGGCAGCUUGUCGUCCCGUCUUCGCUUCUUGGUGGUGCACAGCGAUGCGCUGGCGGUGCUCAGCGAGAUAGUGGGCUGGAUCUACUUCCUGGCCUGGUCCGUGUCCUUCUACCCGCAAGUGUGGGAGAACUGGCGUCGCAAAAGCGUGGUGGGCCUCAACUUUGACUUCCUGGCACUCAACCUGACCGGUUUCUUCGCCUAUAGUGUUUUCAACAUCGGACUCUUUUGGGUGACUCCUAUAAAGGAGGAGUACCUGCGGCGGCACCCCAACGGCAUCAACCCCGUCAAGGCCAACGACGUCUUUUUCAGCCUGCACGCGUUCGUGCUCUGUCUGGUUUACGUCGGACAGGCCGCCGUCUACGAGAGGGGCGGUCAAAGAGUGUCAUGGACGGCCCGCUUCUUGCUUCUGAUUGGCUGGGCGUUCGCCGGCAUCACCUUGUUGUUGGCCAUCUUGAAAAAGCUCAGCUGGUUGGACUACCUCUACUACUUCUCCUACAUCAAACUGGCCGUCACGCUGGUCAAGUACGUGCCACAGGCCUACAUGAACUACCGGCGCAAGAGCACGGAAGGAUGGAGCAUCGGAACCGUGCUGCUGGACUUCGCCGGCGGCGUGCUCAGCAUCGCGCAGAUGAUCUUGGAUUCCUACAACAACGACGAGUGGCGGCUGAUCUUCGGCGACCCCACAAAGUUCGGCUUGGGUCUCUUUUCGGUGGUCUUCGACGUGCUCUUCAUCUUUCAGCAUUACUGCUUGUACCGCUCACACUACCAGGAGAUCAGGCAAAGCCAGUAAAGUCCCACCCCGUUGACCUUAACGACCUCUUGACCUUGUCGCACCUGAAGGCAGAAAAAUGCUUGAUUUUUUUCUAUAUCCUGUUUGAUAUCAAUUGUAGCAUAGGGCAUUCUGUAAAUAAGAUAAUAAAUUAAUAAAAUCUGGAAUGA